AUGUCAUGGUCUGCAGCCUGCCUGUCACUGGCCACGUUUUUCUCAGCCCUGGUCGCAUUGCAGCUCUAUCGGAUUGUUAGCAGAAGCUAUAGAUCCAGGAAGCUGUCGAAACAAUGGAAUUGUGAGCCAGUAUGUCGCUAUCCUAGUGGGAUCCUGGGUUAUAAAGUGGUUUUGCGUGCGAAAACUGCCGCCCAAGAAGGCCAAGUCGGAUCUACGAUACAUGGGGUUCAUUUGCAGUACGGGAAUACCCUGAAAGUAAAUCUUGUGGGUCACGACGUUGUCGCUACUUGCGAGCCGGAAAAUAUUCAGGCUGUGCUAGCCUCUCAGUUUUCGAGUUUUGGACUAUCUAAAUGGCGUUAUCCACAGUACCGCCCAUUGCUUGGGAGAGGAAUAUUCACGUCAGAUGGAACGGCUUGGGAGCACUCGAGGAAGUUGCUACGCCCACAGUUUACGAAGAAUCAAAUACCUUCAAUCGAGUGGUUUGACUCUUACUCCGAGAAUCUCAUGCGAGCACUGCCGCCCGAUGGGCAUGCCUUUGAUAUCCAGCCGCUUGCCUUCCGACUAGCACUUGAUUCUGCAACGGGCUAUCUGUUUGGCGAGUCCAUUAAUUCUCUAGUGAAGCCGGAUUCCAACCAAACAGGUGUUGCAGAAACCUCAGGCAGUGGAAACGAAGGAUUUGCUGCUGCGUUCGAUUACGCCCAAGAUAUCCUUUUCAGGCGAACUCUCGCGCUCUCAUACUACUGGCUAAUCAACCCGAGCGAUUUCAGGAAAUCCACUCGUGUGGUUCAUGAAUUUGUGGAUUACUACGUGGAUAAGGCUAUCGAAUACAGAAGCAAUAUUGGCAACUACAAGACUGGCCAUGAACAGAAAGGAGAAGAGUAUUGUUUUCUGCAUGCACUGGCGGCUGAGACACAAGAUCGGGAAUUCCUGAGGGAUCAGUUGGUCAAUGUUCUCCUAGCUAGCAGGGACGACGUUGCCAGCGUGUUUACCUCAACUUUUUAUCUUCUUGCACGAGACCCUGUUGCAUGGUGGAAGUUGAAACAGGAAAUCACCGAUGCGGUAGACAGGCACGCGAGCAAUAUCACCCUGAAGGAGAUACAGAGUCUUCCUUAUCUACGCGGUGUCUUGUACGAAGUACUUCGCCUCUUUCCGCCUGUUCCUGUGAAUGCGCGAGUUGCCCAUCAUGAUACGACAAUUCCCGUGGGCGGUGGUCCGGAUGGUCGAUCGCCUGUUUUUUUCUCAAGGGGCAAAUGGUCGCGUAUUCAGUCUGGUGCCUUCACCGGCGUCGUGACCUCUGGGGCGCAGAUGCUGAGAGCUUCCGACCGGAGAGAUGGGAAGGUUACAACCCACCAGCGUGGGAUUUCGUGCCUUUCAAUGGUGGACCCCGGGCGUGCCUUGGUCGUAUUCAGGGUAGUGCAACACCUCGAUUCUAUUGAGAGCGCCCAGCCAGGGCCAGACAUGGGGCUCAACCCUCCAUUGAGACAGACGCUGACCAUGUGUCACGAGCGUGGAGUCCACUUGCGCGUCAAGCGGAUGAGAAUUUGA